AAGCUCAUCAGCCUGGUGCAUUGAGGGCAAGGUUGUCGUAAUCAUUCUAGCUAUGCAGACAAUCAAUCCAUCCAUGCAUCAUUAAACUCUCGCUCCCUCGAUGUCAUCUCUCGUUGUCUCCCCGACUCGUAUGCCUACCCGCUCGGAUGAAUAGAGUUUUUAAGCAACCAGCGCCUACUUGAAGCCAAUCGUCCACAUUUUCAUCUUGUUAAACCAUGCAACAUUCAUUGAAAUCUCGCUCAACCAAGCCCCAGCAGCCGAGCAGCUAUCAACACAAGUGAGCCACUGAUCUCUUUGCAAAAAUGGCCUCCGCAACGGGCAUACCCCAACACACUCCGGGCACCGAGUCGCACGACGAGAUGGAACCACUCCUCGGCCGUCCGGGCGACGUAUGCCAAAAGGACGAAGCUCCCAUUGUAAAAAACCUCAUUAUUGGAACGGGCGUGAUCGCCGAAGCCGCGGCUCUCCUCCUCGUCGCCUCAGUCUGGGGCUCUGUCUUCAUCGCGGGCAACCUCUCCCUAUUCUCAGUCCACCCACUCGCACAAUCCUUCGGCUUCCUCGUCCUCAUCCAGUCUAUCCUCGUACUUCAGCCCACCCACACCGCCAAGCAAAAGGAAGUCGGGCAGAAGGUGCACGCGGGCCUCAACCUCCUCGCCAUCGCCACUUUCAUUACGGGCGUCGUCGCCAUCGAGAUCAAUAAAUUCCGCCAGGGCCCUGGCUCGCACUUCCACUCCGUUCACGGCUACUUGGGCGUAAUUGCGUCGAUUUGGUUUCUUGUACAGUACAUAGUUGGUUUUACCAUGUUUGCGGUGCCCAAACUUUACGGGGGUGAGGCGAAGGCGAAGGCGGUUUGGAAGUAUCAUCGCGCGAGCGGCUAUGUGCUUCUGUUGUUGUUGAUGGCGACUUUUACCAGCGCAACACAGACCGACUUCAACAAGAAUGUACUUGGAUUGAAGCUGUGGGCUUUGAUCUUGAUUGUGGUCAUGCUGGUCAUUGGCGUAUAUCCCAGAAUCAAGAAGCAGAAGCUGGGGCUUUGACGCGCUUUGGAUGGCUUAUCAGAGCUUUGAGUUGCGAGCCGCACAGGUCUAUCAAAGACCCGUCAUUCAUACGCAAGUGGUAUUUUAGGGUGCAAAAUGAAUGGCAUGGGAAUGCUUGUUGGAAUGGACACGACAAUCUGGAUGGUCUAUACUUCGGAGUUCGUUUCAUGAUGCACUGCGACAUGCUUAGUGAUCGAUACCAAAAUACACCAGCAAGAGGCUGCAGGCUCUUCAUAGCUGUUUAGUAUACUCUACUUGUCCACACGGAUUAAGCUGUCUUUGCGUCGCGUCGACAGUCAACGUGAUAGCAAAAGCGAGAAUGUGCCAUAAUGUCGUGGGUAACCCCUGUAACCCGCCUAUAAGAGCCCGUUUGGGUAAUGGUUGGUAACAGUUCCACACAAGUAGAAGUGGGCUCACCCAGCUAUUAUUCACUUACCCCUUACUUACAUACAUACUGAAGUAACCCAAGC